UUGAAUCAAGGCGAUUGCAUGAUUUGGCGGCUCUUAUAAAGCUAUUCUGGAGAUUGCGGACAAGAUCCGACCCCCUGUGAGGUCCUGGCUGGUUGACCGCACGGCGGCACAGGGGUGGGCGGAGCCAGGUGAGGCAGGAUGACAUCGCCACUUCUGCGCCCCGCCCUCCUGUUGCUGGCGAUUUGGAUUGCCUGCCUGGCGGCGGACGAGAAUGACACCGAUCACCACGGCAACACGCAUCGCAUCGGCACCGGUGGGUCCGCCAACUGUGGCGAGUAUAGCAACCAGGCCACGGCCGAUGGGCAGUGCCACCUGGAGGCCACGCUGCCACAGCUGGGCGAGCAGCGCUGUCCGGACAUGUUCCGCUGCACAGACGAGGUGUCCUAUUGGCUGCACGAAAACGAGGAGAGGAAGCAGCAGAUCCUGGCGCUGAAGGAGACCAUUUCUGAGCUGCAGGAGGAGCUCAGGAACCACCGUCACCGUGUCAAAGUCCUGGAGCUGCAGAAUGAAGAGAAGAAUGGGCUGAACUCAUCUCUGGAGCAGCGCUUCCGGGAGCUGGAGAGACAGCACGCAGAGGCCAGCACGCUGCUGCACUUGCAUGCCUCUCUCAUCUACGACAUGCAGACGCGGAUACACAACCUGUCCGUGCUGGUGGAGAAGGUGCGCAAGAACCCUGGCUGCAUGAUCAACAUCAUCCGCAGCAGCCCCUUGAUGAGCACCCAAGAGGCCCUCCACCCAGAGGUCCAGCAUGUGAGAAACUGUCCCAUCGACUGUGCCUCCAUCUAUUACAAUGGGGUCCGCCGGUCAGGGCUCUACACCGUGGUGCCAUCGCUGGGAGCCAUGCCUGUAGAAGUCUUCUGCGACAUGGAGACUGAAAACGGUGGUUGGACCGUGAUCCAGCGACGGCAGGACGGCACGGUCAACUUCGACCGCAGCUGGAGAGAGUACAAGGACGGCUUUGGGGACCUGCACACCGAGUUCUGGCUGGGCAACGACAACAUUCAUGAGCUGUCUAGGCAGGGGGACUACAGCCUGCGCAUCGACCUGGAGGACUGGACCGGCAAGCACAAGCACGCCCUCUACGAGAGCUUCAGCAUCGAGGAGGAGGCCAACCACUACCGUCUCCAUGUGAGCGGGUUCAGCGGCACUGUGGAGGACUCCUUCUGCUGGUACCACGACAAGCAGGACUUCAGCACCUCUGACAUGGGCAACAUCUGUGCCCAGAUCUCACAUGGCGGAUGGUGGUACAACCAGUGCUUCUUUGCCAACCUCAAUGGGGUGUACUACAAGGGUGGUCGUUACUCUCCCAGAGGGCAGAGCCCACUGGGGCCAGAUGGCAUUGUGUGGUACACCUGGAAGGACUCGGACUAUUACUCCCUGAAGAAGGUCAGCAUGAUGAUUCGCCCACGCACUUUCCGCCCUCGCCUAUCUCCAUGACGACCUAUGGGCACAGAAUCUUGCCAUUUCACUCUUCAGGUAGAAGGGGGUCGAUGAUGUAAGAGCCGUGGGAGGGGCUUCAGUGUGGCAGGGAAAGGUUGUCAUUGAGCAGGUCUGAACUGACACUCCCAAUGGUCAGUCAGCCAAUCAGCUCAUUUUGUGCUCAUUUUUACUCCAGAAAAGAAAGCAUACAUACACACCAGAACGUGUGGGCCAAAUGUACUAUAUACGGCAUUGUCAAGGUCUCUCUUUGGUCUCCCGCUCACCAUUCAAGUCACUCAACUUUCUGUUAUAUCAAUUUUAUCUGUGCAAUUUAAAAAGUGGUGGCAAGGAAAAUUGUAUAUUUGUGGUAAUGAAAGUGCUAUGUGCAAUAUUUUCUUUUUUUACUGGUCUAAAUAGUGAUUAUGAAUGGCAAAGAGCAAGUGGGUUAAAAUCAAGAAGUACAUCAUAAAAUAUGCAUUAUGAUAUUGUAAAAUCAAAGCAAGGCCAAUCUUUUAAAACAAAA